ACAAGGAGAGUGUUUUAGUUCUCUCCUGAUCCUUUCCAUAUGGACUUCAUCAUUAUUUAGACAGAAAAUAACUUGGAGUUCACACGAUGAGAUUUCAACUUAUUUGUCUGGUGCUCCUCUUUGCGGCUUCUGAUGGGAUGUGCUCAGACUCUGACCAGGAAAUGAAAAUGAUAGAAGAGGAGUUACUGAACAGUCUCUACACUACAAAGGUGAAUAAACAAAGGCUCCCGUCUUGGAAGUUGUCGUUGCUAAACAUGUGCAGGCUUAUUAAUGAUCCAAGUAGACAAGGAGAUGAUGUGUGGACAAGUGAUGAAGAGGGGUUCAUCUCAAGGGAACAAAUUUCAACAUUUCCAGAUAGCUUCAGCUUAGAGAAAUUGGCGGACUUUUAUCAGCUUCAAAACCUGUGUAGAAUACUUCACGGAGGGGAGUUCAAUCAGAAGACUGAAGAUUAUCUGGAUCAAGACUAUAAGAAUGAGGGGCCACUAAAGAGGAAAUCACCAUAUAUUUUGAAAAGACAGUUGCACAUUAACAAACCCAGAAGACCAUAUAUCCUGAAACGAAGUACACUUUACUGACCUGCUCACUUCUUAGAAGAGACAUUAUACAUUUGUGAAUAUGUGGCUGUAUUAAUUGUACACUUAUUUAUUAUUUGUUUGUGUUAAGUGAUGCUGCAAUGUUAACCUUGUAAACUCUAUGUCUGUUUUGUCAAGGUAUUCAGCUUUGAUUUUAUAAAUCUCUAUACUUAAUUAUUUUAUUAUGGAGAGAUUAUAUUAUCUGAGUUUGUCUUGUUUGUUACAGUACAGUAUGUUAUUUUGCAGCAGAAUUUGUCAAUAAACAUUCCCUGUUGA